AUGAAAGAAGUCAUUGAUGAACUGACCUUCCCGUUCGGCGGCGAAAAGGAUCAGUGGGUGAAAGAACGUGGUCGAUGGCGUCUACCGUCCUUCGACUGGGCAUUACCCGACGUAGUGGUCCCCGACAUUCUAUUGAACCAGAGCAUAUCCAUCCAGGGUCCAAAGAAAGCUGAAGGCACCUCCACCACUACCUUGAUCAAGGAAAAUCCUCUAUAUCGGUAUCAGUUGAUUGUGAAUGGCAAGCUCCUCAGAAUGGGAGACGAUUCGCUGAAAGAGAACAAGAUGAGCGACAGCGGCCCGAACCAGGAACUUGCCCAUUUCCUGGCUUGUGCAUAUUGUCUAACUUCGAUAGUGGUCCCAAUGUUCCGGCACAAGCAGAGGGGAAUCACAAAGAACACCACCGAUUUCUCCGGCUUCACCAACGCGGAAUUGCUGCAGGCAAACAUCCAUAGCAAAAUCACCGUCAAGGUCAAGGUCGGAACGUCCAAGUCUUAUCAUCUCGUCUGCGACCUUGUGUAUCGGCUUCUUUCACCAAAGUAUACCUUGACGUAUCGCGACUUUGGAAACACCAUUUCGUCCAACCAAAAGCCACCGGCUAGUUGGCAGGGAUACUUGUCUUGGGAAAUGAUUCACGACAGCCUCCAUUUAAGAUGUCGUCUGGCUCUUGUUGACGCAUCAGCCAAGCAGAACUGA